UUACCCGAUUUGACCCGCACUUAGUACUGGGCGAGUAUGAGUAUUGUAGUUGACGCCCUCGCUUCGCCUCUCCCAAUUGCCAUCACUGAGAGAUUGACAAUUCUAAUUUGUGGUCACGGUUCUUAAGUUUCGAUUACUAUUGAGCCGCGAUUAUCAUGGUUGCAUGCCGUUCGGUUGUAUUGGGUUCAACUGGUGUCGAUCGCAAAACGGUUUGAAUGCUUCCUCAUAUGACUGGUAUGAUCGAUUUUACUUCUAAACAAAAUUAUGGCGUUCUUAAAAAUUUAGUUAACAAAAAAAAUAUUUGUUUAUUUAAUUUGGAAGUUAAAUGUUGAUGUUAUUUGUUGGAUUGAAGUAUGAAAUAUGAAUGUUUAGAUGUUUGUGUUAUUUGUUUUAUUCAAAUCUCAAGUAUAAAUGUUUCGAAGUUGGUGUUAAAUGUUAUAUUUAAAUAUAAUACUUUUCAUUUUGUUUGAAAAUUUUCUAAAACGGCGUGAACUUAUUUAAACUAGGACAAUGCCACUUGUCAAACCGGCAUAUAACGAUAUCAACCGAUUUGAUAACCCUGCCGGUUAUCAUGGUUUGAUCCGUUUCCGGUUUGAGACCGGACAGCUGCACACCCCUACCGCCCAAACCAAACCCAAUUCCAACAACGACUCCCACUCUUACUCCCACUUCACCACUCCUCGCAGCCGCCGCUUAAUUUCGUUGCCGCCGUUCGCCAUCAUCAACCUCCUCGAGCUGCUGGUCGCCGCAGCAAGCUUCCCCGCUUGAAGUGGCAGUUUCCCAUUCUUCUCCCGUCGACCAGUCCAUCUUAGAUCUUCUUUGCUACAAGCAGUUGUCUUCUUUCUUCCCCCAUUUAUAAAUUAUACUACUUUUUGAUGAUUCCCACUUGGGCUUCGGUUUUGUCGAACAGUUUUCAAAUUUUGAAACUCCCUUUCCGACUACUUGUGCAAAGAAUAGCUAGUUUCUGACUUUGUCUUCCGCGGGUAGUGCCCUAGAUUGCGUCUUAGUGUCACUCUUUCUCCACGCCCCAUUUCUGCUUCCCCUUCUCUCUCUCAGCAACACCAGCCCUCCUCCCAGGUUAGAUUGCCGAAUGGGUCUUUGUUGAGUGAUCAAGAAGAGGAUAAAAGAGAGAUGUUGAGUAGCCGUGAGAUUCUCAACUUCUUAGUAAGGAAGAAGGACGCGAGGAAGAUACUGAAGCGCAAGGACAGUGAUGCUGGAGAACGAGGAAGGGCUCUGGAAGAACUGAGGUCCUCUUUGUUUAACAAGCUUCGGUCACCUGAGGGUGCGAAACGGCAAGAGCAACGCUACUGUGGUCCUAUCGUUGCCCUUACGUUCAACUUCGUCAUAGCUGUUGGCAUUAUUUUCAUAAACAAAUGGGUGCUUCAAGGCGUUGGUUUCCGCUUUCCUAUAUGUCUCACUUUUAUUCACUACUCAAUAAGCUGGAUUCUGAUGGCCGUUUUAAAAGCUUUGUCCAUUCUUCCUGCACCGCCUCCAUCAAAAGCUAACAACUUGACUUUGUUCACUCUUGGUUUUGUCAUGUCGCUUUCUACUGGCCUGGCUAAUGUUAGCUUGAAAUAUAACAGUGUGGGUUUCUACCAGAUGGCUAAGAUUGCGGUUACCCCUUCCAUUGUCCUCGCUGAAUUCAUAUGGUUGAAAAAGAGAGUCUCCUUCUCCAAGGUGGUUGCACUUACAGUUGCCUCUACUGGAGUUGCGGUCGCUACAGUUACUGACCUACAGUUUAGCCUAUUUGGCGCAUGUGUAGCACUAGCCUGGAUAGUCCCUAGUGCAGUGAACAAGAUCCUCUGGUCCACAAUGCAACAGCGUGACAACUGGACAGCUUUGGCGUUGAUGUGGAAGACAACACCAAUCACUUUAGUUUUCCUUACCGCGUUGAUUCCUUUCUUGGAUCCCCCUGGUGUCUUCUCCUACGACUGGACCUUCAGUAACACGACGUUGAUAAUCACCUCUGCACUUUUUGGUUUUUUACUCCAGUGGUCUGGGGCCUUGGCCCUUGGGGCAACAUCUCCUGUUUCCCAUGUCGUUCUCGGUCAAUUCAAGACCUGCAUUGUGCUGCUGGGGAACUACUACAUCUUCGGAUCAAAUCCUGGAGUGAUCAGCAUCUUCGGUGCAUUGAUUGCAAUCGGUGGCAUGUCUGGCUUCACGUAUCUUAAUCUACAGAAUGUCAAGUCCUCGUCGUCGCAAACGGCGCCUCAAAAAUCAUCAUCGAAAGACAAAUCCAGGUUGAGCAAAGAGAACGGAGGAGGCGACGGCAAUGAUGCAUAUGGGGAGGAAUCUGUGUAACUUAUUAACAACAUCAAUCUUUUCUUCAGUUGCUCGUUUGACUUGUUGUUGUAUCCCGUGAAAGCCCGAGUUUCUGUUCUGACUGUAGUCUAACUUUUGGAUGCCAGAUUUGCCAGGGGUCCAAAUUGAUGCCACGCAGUAACCAUUGUAGUAACCUUGUUGUAGGGGUAGAAACUAGAGAGGUCAAUGCUCUGUAAUCUGUAUUUUUCAAGUGCAGUUUUAGUGGUUUAGUUGCAUUAUAUAUGAGCUUUUAGUGGUAAACACAAUCCAAUGGUGAGUCUAACCAUCACAUAACUGACAACACGACCGGUUGCUACAACAUCCUGCUCGAUUUCACGAUCCUACAGGCGCAAAGAUAAUGCCGUUCGGAUGUUGGACGAUAGAGAUACGAGUUGCAAAAAUUUAGUACAAACAUCAUAAGUUUUAGUAGCGAGUGACGAACUUCAGCGUCGAAUAUUUAACUCGUUUGGAGUCCAAAUUCACUUCUGUCGAAUCACACAUGAUCGUGGAAUGAUGUCCGAUGUGUCUGGAAACCAAGAUUUGGCUCAUUUUAGAAUGAGAAUUCACUGAAUUGAGUGAAUUCACUCAAUUCAGUGAAUUGGACAGGAAUACAGUGAAAAUUACAGU